AUGGAUGUGGCACUUAGCCGCAAACGCUCCCGCCUGACUAUUGACGAGGACGAGGACGAGGACGAGGUCCAGCGAAGGAGAGAGCCCUCGCCUGCUCUGCCGCCAUUAGGCGAUGCGCUGAAGAGGUCCAAGACACAGUGCGAACUGGAAGAGCUAGAUAUCAUAAGCCCGGAGGAAGCAUGGAGCGUGGAUGUGGAUGCGAUACUAUCCAGUAAUACGCUCGCGACUCCACCAGGCAGUAUGCUAGAAGCGCACAAUAACUGGGAAAGGUAUAGGAGAGAGGAGUCAAUAGUAGUUUUAUGCGUGCAAGGGAAUGUUCAGGUCCAUUAUGACCUGCUUUGCUCCGCACUGCCAGAGCUUUACGCCCUAUCGCCCUCCCUACAGCCCUUCGUCCUCUGCCACGACCCAUCGACACAUAGACUCCCCUCCUCCGCGGCCUUCUCGCUACCCCUUAUACAAGCCGCGACUCCCUCGAACAACCACUUCGUCCGCUUAGGCCUUCUACACCCCCUUGGUGGAGGCAAGUUCCCGUUAGAUGCACUCGUAGUUCUGGAUAACAAGGGUAGAAGGAGAUUGGUGCUGCCGUUUGGCUGGGGUGCUGGUAAACAUGCGGAUACACCUGCGGGACGGAGUAUACAGUUACGGUUGAUGGCGUUGCUGAAGAGUUGUGUCGCGACUCUAGAACAGGAACAAUGA